AUGGAGAAGGGAACACAGCCUCAAGAAGUAAACGCCGAUGGGUCGCGACCGGUGAGCUCGGAAUCCGUCGGCGAUAAAGAUGUCGCGAUCGCGAUGGUCGGAGAGGAAGGUCAUGCUGUCGAUCCUGCUGUUGUACAACGCGCCGUGCGCAAGAUUGACUGGUUUUUGAUUCCUGCUAUGACGGUCGGCUAUGGACUUGUGUAUUAUGACAAGGCAAUUCUAGGGUCUGCGGCCUUGUUCGGCAUGACUUCUGACCUGAAGCUCAGCGUUCCGGAUCCCCACAAUCCCGCUGCAGUCAAUACGUCACGUCUCAGCUGGGCUACAUCCAUCUUUUACUUCGGCAUGUUAGGCGGGCUUUACCCGAUGUCUUACGCCUUACAGCGCUUUGAGACGGGACGAGUGCUCGGAGCAGUGGUAGUGCUUUGGUCCUUGAUCUGCAUGCUCACAGCCGCCGUCACAUCUCAUCAAGGACUCUACGCGCAACGAUUCUUCCUUGGCUUCGUCGAAAGUGUUAUUCCAACGGGGUUUAUGUGUAUCAUAAGCGGUUACUACACACAGCAGGAACAGUCGCUGCGACAGAGUUGGUGGUUCUCUUCAACCGGAUUAUGGACCAUCAUAGGUGGGGCUCUCAAUUAUGGCUUCGCCCAAAUAACAGGUGGUGGACUUCGUCGUUGGCAGUACAUAUACCUCUUAGCCGGGUGUCUUACCUUCAUAUUCGGAUUAUUCUGCUUCACAAUGCCAAGCUCGCCCGUGUCUGCUUGGUUUUUGACUAAGGAAGAGAAGUUUGCGGCUGUGGAGCGAUUGCGGUACGGUCAAACUGGCGUUCGUUGUACCAAGUUCAAGUGGUCGCAAUUAAGAGAAGCUGUACUUGAUAUCAAGAUAUGGCUCAUAGCUAUUAUGAUGGCCUCGGCUUACACUGUCAAUGGCGCAGUAUCUGGCUUCGGUCCGCUAAUUGUCUCGACGUUCGGUUGGAGCACUCUGGAAUCUAUCGUAUUCCAGUUUCCUCUUGGAGGUUUAUGCUUGAUCGUCAUUUUACUCACAGGAUGGCUUGGCUCACGUUACCCGAACAUUCGCAUCUUGAUGUUGAUAAUUUGCUGUCUUCCGGUUAUUGUAGGAUGUGCUAUCAUCUGGAAGAGCCAGUGGACCUUCCACGCCGCGGCACCCGUUGUUGGGUACACUAUUACGGGAACCUUUGGUGGAGUGGUAAGUUUGAUCAUCACAAUUGGGAUGUCAAAUGUCGCUGGAAACACCAAAAAGAGUUUCACAUCGGCGACCAUAUUUGUUGCGUAUUGCGUUGGUAAUAUCAUUGGCCCGCAGUUAAUCAAGAGCCAGACCAAGGCCUCCCAUUAUCCUGAGCUGUGGCUUGGUCUCGUCAUAUGUUACUGUAUCACAAUCUUGGCCUCAGCAACACUCUUCGUCAUUCUGCGAUACGAGAACCAGAAGAAAGAGUCCGCCAUUAUAGAAGACGAAACCGAGAGAGCCAAGCUCGCCUUCCAAGAUCUCACAGACAAGGAAAACCCCUAUUUCAGAUAUGUUAUGUAGGCCCAAAUUCGGCAGGCUAAUUAAUGAUACCAAACUUUUGACGUGCCGACAUAAAAUCUUCGUAUCGCGUGAAACCAACUCGUCUAACGCCGUCGCGUGGAUAUCUCUUUUCGAUCGUUUACUUCGUAACUUCUGGUAUCGACUUGGGGCGGUAAUUGAAUAUGCUCUUGAAUCGCCCUGAUAGUCUCGAUGACUUCGACUCCGCACUCUUCCCAGAGCUUGACUCCGCGCUCAUAAGACUGCUUUUUCGUCGUUUUACGGCGUCGCUCGCGGAUACCGAAUCGUGUAUGAUGGAUUCUUCCCACGUUCCUAAUGACGUAGAGCAAUUGGUCAAUUGACGAAAUAAUGCAAAUAUAGGGGGGGAUCCAUACGGAUGUUGCCAGCGCCACCAAUUCCAAAUGACCUACGACUAUCACUACCGGCCAUACUGAGAAUUUUGAGCUUGUAGUGUGCUCAACAAUUUUACAAGACGGCUAUGUCGUGUGAGAAUGCAUAGAGCAGUCGCUCUCCGUACUGUCAGUACACCUACAUGCGAAAAUGUAGAAUUUGAACGUCCGGUACCAUUUGUCGGAAUAGGCGAAGUUUUAAUGUAGAGAUGAUCGCGUGUAUCUAUGUUUCGAGUGGCAUGAUCCGAUCUUUUUAUCCCGUCUUACUUGCGACUCAUUUCCU